UGAGUUCGUUUCCUUUGCUAUUAGAUAUAUAUAUAUAUAUAUUGAAAGGAAGAAACUUUCAUGAACAUGGAAGGAGAGGUGAACAACUUCAUUGUGACUUGGAUGGUAGUGUUUGCAAGUCUCUUAUAUUCUUACAUAAUUGGCAAGUUAAUACCAAAAGGCACGACUAGACUUUUGGCUUUAUCAAUUGUUAUAUGCCUUUUUCUUUGGUUUCCACUUAAGCUAACCACCAUGCACCUUGGUGGAUUAACCUCUUUUUUCAUAGCAUGGCUUGCAAACUUCAAAAUCCUUCUAUUUGCUUAUGGAAAAGGUCCCCUUGCUUCAAAUCCACCGCUCCCAUUGUCACGCUUUAUACCCACUGCGUGUCUCCCGAUCAAGCCCGCUUAUAGUACUCCAUCUCCGGCAUCAGGUCCUCCAACAAGCUCUAUCAAAAAAACCAAAAAAUCGGUGAAGUUUCUUUUGGUCAAGGUUGUGUUGUUUGGAUUGUUACUAAAGGCAUAUGACUAUGGUGAAUAUAUUCAUCCACACUUGAAAAUGUCAUUAUAUGGCUUUCAUAUCUACUUCAUGCUUGAAAUAGUCUUAGCCAUGCUUGCAUAUGUGGCUGGAACCUUAGUGGAAAUGCAGCUUGAGCCACAAUUUGAUGAGCCAUAUCUAGCUACUUCCCUUCAAGACUUUUGGGGCAAAAGGUGGAACCUUAUGGCUACAAACAUUUUACAUCCAACUAUAUAUGACCCUGUCCGUUCCAUUUCUUCGCAUUUCUUGACAAGAAAACAGGCCUCUAUAGUCGCGAUUUUUGUAACGUUUCUUGUUUCAGGGUUAAUGCACGAGUUUAUAUUCUAUAACAUUGGAAGAUUACAACCUACAGGAGAAGUUACUUGCUUCUUUUUAUUACAUGGAGUAUUGUUAAGUAUUGAAAUUGCCAUCAAGAGAGCAGCCAAAGGACAAUCAUAUAUGCCUCCAAUUUUGUCGCGAGUGUUAACUUUGGGAUGCGUGCUCGCGACUGCUUUUUGGUUGUUCUUUCCGCCAUUUUUACGAUUCACACCAAUUGUUCGUGGAUGUCAAGAGACAGUCGCAUUUCUAGAGUUUGUAAUAAAUGGUCGGCUAAUUAGCCCCGUGAAUGCUUCAUGUCCAAUUAUAUUAAGGUAGAUAUAUCAUAUAUGUACGUUAUCAUUAAUUUAUUUCAUGAUUUCAAACGUUUUGUAUGAAUGAUGAUAAUUAUUCGAGGUAUUUUUAUU